UCAUGACUACGCGGAGCCCGAGAGCGGCCACACCAUGCGAGCACAAAUCGAAGUGAUACCAUGCAAGAUUUGUGGCGAUAAGUCCUCCGGGAUCCACUACGGAGUCAUCACCUGUGAAGGCUGCAAGGGGUUCUUUAGAAGGAGCCAGCAGAACAAUGCCUCUUAUUCCUGCCCAAGGCAGAGAAACUGUUUAAUUGACAGAACCAACAGAAACCGUUGCCAACACUGCCGACUGCAGAAGUGUCUUGCCCUAGGAAUGUCCAGAGAUGCUGUGAAGUUUGGGAGGAUGUCCAAGAAGCAAAGGGACAGUCUGUACGCCGAGGUGCAGAAGCAUCAGCAGCGGCUGCAGGAGCAGCGGCAGCAGCAGAGCGGGGAGGCAGAAGCCCUCGCCAGGGUGUACAGCAACAGCAUCAGUAACGGCCUCAACAACCUGAGCAGCGAGGCCAGCGGCACUUAUGCCAAUGGACACGUCAUCGAUCUGCCCAAGUCGGAGGGUUAUUACAGCGUGGAUUCUGGCCAGCCAUCUCCUGAUCAGUCCGGACUCGACAUGACUGGAAUCAAACAGAUCAAGCAGGAACCCAUCUAUGACCUCACCUCUGUCCCCAACUUGUUUACCUAUAGCUCUUUCAACAACGGGCAGUUAGCACCGGGCAUCACCAUGACCGAGAUCGAUCGAAUUGCACAGAACAUCAUUAAGUCCCAUCUGGAGACAUGUCAGUACACCAUGGAGGAACUGCACCAGCUGGCAUGGCAGACCCACACCUAUGAAGAGAUCAAAGCAUAUCAAAGCAAGUCCAGGGAAGCACUGUGGCAACAAUGUGCCAUCCAGAUCACUCACGCCAUCCAGUAUGUGGUCGAGUUUGCAAAGCGGAUAACAGGCUUCAUGGAGCUCUGUCAGAAUGACCAGAUUCUACUCCUGAAAUCAGGUUGCUUGGAAGUGGUUUUAGUGAGAAUGUGCCGUGCCUUCAACCCAUUAAACAACACUGUUCUGUUUGAAGGAAAAUAUGGAGGGAUGCAAAUGUUCAAAUCCUUAGGUUCUGAUGACCUAGUAAAUGAGGCUUUUGACUUUGCAAAGAAUUUGUGUUCCUUGCAAUUGACCGAGGAGGAGAUUGCUUUGUUCUCAUCUGCUGUUCUGAUAUCUCCAGACCGAGCCUGGCUGAUUGAACCAAGGAAGGUCCAGAAGCUUCAGGAAAAAAUUUAUUUUGCACUUCAACAUGUGAUUCAGAAGAAUCAUCUGGAUGAUGAGACCUUGGCAAAGUUAAUAGCCAAGAUACCAACCAUCACAGCAGUCUGCAACUUGCACGGGGAGAAGCUGCAGGUAUUUAAGCAAUCACAUCCAGACAUAGUGAACACCCUCUUUCCUCCGUUAUACAAGGAGCUCUUUAAUCCUGACUGUGCCACCGUCUGCAAAUGAAGGCGACAGGAGAACUGUCUCAUCGUCCUGGAAUGCAUCACCGUUAAGACAAAAGCAAUGUGUUCAUGAAGACUAAAGAAAAAUGUCACUACUGCAACAUUAGGAAUGUCCUGCACUUCAUAGAAUUAUUUUUCACCGCUACAGUUUGAAGAAUGUAAAUAUGCACCUGAGUGGGGCUCUUUUAUUUGUUUGUUUGUUUGUUUUUGAAAUGACCGUAAAUAUACAAAUAUAGGACA